CCCAUUUCGAUGCAGUUGUGAUGACAAAAAUGUAACAUGUGGUCAGAGUAAAGGUCAGUUACAAUCAACACCAGAGUUUCCGCUUCCUGGUUAUGUCUGCAAGCUGCAGCUCAGCUAGCCUGCAACUUUCUGAUCCAUGGUUUUGAUCAGGAAGUCUCUAAUAAUUCCCUCUUUAAACAGCAGAAAAAGGUGUUAUAAGCAUGUAAACAUACACGCACACACUCCAGGCACGCUCAAAGGUAUCAUCAAGCAUCGAAAAGGUUGGGGAUUCAAAUUUCCGACAGCACCUGAAGGUGGCGGGAGCACGCCGCACGCAGGGACCGUGAAGGUGUCAUUUCAGGAGCGGAUAGCGGGACCGCAGCGUAGCCGGAAAGCUGUCAAACAGAACCGGUUCCGUUCGGGGGGGUUAUUUUCCUUUAAACCACAUCACCAGCACUGGCCUGGCUCGGGAACGGUUCGGGGUUCGGGUCUGGACGCCUCCGCACACAUGCGGCCGUUCUUCAGCUAACGUUAGCCGCGGAGCUAGCAGACAAAGUGAGAGUUGUUCUGGUUCUGACGGAGGCUGUCGUCAAACCCGAGCGGGAAUGAUGAUGGAGAAGGUUCGGAAGCUCUUUGACCGUCUCCAGGACCCGCAGCUGGUGGCCCGUUUCCAGCACCUCUGUGGAGUUCGGGGGAUUUUCAAGACACCGGAGCCGACCCAGCAGACGCACCAGAACGGGGCAUGGCUUCGUCACGGCUCCCGGGGAACCAGGAGCGAAAAUGCGGGCGAGGGGAAGCCCGCUGCGGGGGCUCAGAGGACGGACACGGACCCUAAACGUGUGGCUCAGAACGGGGCGCCGGCUGCACACAGAGAGCCCACCGGCACCACCGGACGGAUCCCGGAUCCUCCGCAUCAUGGCAGCACGGUGAAGCCGCUGCGCAAGAACUCGCUGACGGGCGACGUCGGACAGGAGUUCGUGAUCGAAAACCGCUUCCUGUUCUACCUGUUCACGUUCGGAACCGAGCUGGGUAACGAGCUCUUCUACAUCAUCUUCUUCCCCUUCAUCAUGUGGAACAUCGACGUGCUCGUGGGCCGGAGGCUCGUCAUGGUUUGGGUCUGGGUCAUGUACCUGGGUCAGUGCACCAAGGACCUGCUCCGCUGGUCCCGGCCCGCAUCUCCACCUGUGGUCAAGGUGGAGGUGUUCUACAACUCCGAGUACAGCAUGCCGUCCACCCACGCAAUGUCGGGCACGGCCAUCCCCUUCUCCCUAUUCUUCAUGACGGACGGCCGCUGGGAGUACCCGUCCUCUCUGGGCUUCGGCCUGGCUCUCUGCUGGUGUCUGCUGGUCUGUUCCAGCCGGAUCUACAUGGGAAUGCAUUCCGUGCUGGAUGUCAUCGCAGGAUUCCUGUACACCGUUGUCCUCCUCCAGUUCAUCCUGCCGGCCUUGGAACCUGUUGACACCUUCAACCUGACCAGCCGCUUCGCUCCCCUCGUCAUCCUCUUCCUCCACGUGGGUCUGGGCCUUUUGUCCUUCACUUUAGACACCUGGAGCACUUCAAGGGGCGACACUGCUCAGAUUCUGGGCUCAGGUGCCGGCAUUGCCUUGGCUUCCCAAGUCAACUAUCGUUUGGGUUUGAUCCCGGACCUGAGAGCGGACCAGGUGCCACUCACCAUGCCAGUCCUCAGCAGCGGCCUGGUGGGCGCGGCCAUGCUGCGCUUCGUACUUGGAGUUCUGGUUCUGAUGGUCACUCGAGCGCUCAUGAAGGCUGUCACCAUCCCUCUGGUGUGCUGGCUGGUGGGGGUGCCUGGGGGGGACACGAGGAAGGCCCGGCAGCACAUGGAGGUGGAGCUGCCCUACCGCUACAUCGUUUACGGGACCAUGGGCUUCAACGUCCUCUUCCUGGUCCCGCUGCUGUUCGGCUUCCUGCAGUUCCACUGACCUGAGGUUUCGGUUCCGGCGCUGGCUUGGCCUUCAGAGGGUUGUUCCUGGUUGCAGUGCCGGAAUUCAUCCAAAACAGGUUUUCUGUGGAUCCUUUUGACCUGCAGAGUUGCACAAGAUAAAAACUGAUCUAUCUGCAUCACACGACCCAGACCAAAUCCACGGGAAGAAUUUCCACAGCUCAGAAGAUCAAAGCAACGCGACAGUCUUGGCCUAAAAUCUGUCGUCACCUGAGCACUAACGUCCCCUGGUUUAAGGGAGCUUCUGUGACCUGAGAGGGGGGUGUACUGUCACAUUUUUCAGUAGAAUGUUUGUUGGACGGUUUAACUCGUCUUUUUAGCAGUAUAGAUCUCCGGGGGGGGGGUGUCACUGAUUACAAGCACAUUCUUGUCUUUUUUUUUUU